GCCCCAAGAGGCCAGGCCCCGCGUUCUGCUGGGCCUGGGGGUGAGAGUGAGGGUGGGAGGUGGGCUGAGGAGUGAAAACGGCCCAUCCCGCCCGUCUGCGGGAGAGCAGCUUGAUGAUGCCGCCGGCCACGGGCCCGACGGAAGCCCGCGUCCCGGCCCAGGUGGGAAGGCCAGAGCCGGAGCCGCGCCCGCGCACAAACGGCCCGGCCGCCCCGCCCCGCCGCGCCGCGACUGAGGCGGCGCCGCCGGACCAGAGGGGGCGCUGUCGUCGCCGCUACCUUCGCUCUCCGCGCCGGGCCGGACGAGCCAGGGGCCUGCGUGGAGGCCGGGAGGUGCCAGGCUGGCCCGGGACGCCUCCGGGGGAACGGGGCCCCAACCUCACGCUCUCUCUUCCCGGUCUCAAACGGCUCUCCGCUUCCCUCCUUUUGUCGUCGUCCCUGGGCACCCAGCGUCCGCCCUCCAAGCCGUGCUACGGCGAGCGCCGAGGGCCAAUUCCCGCUCCGCUAGCCGUCCGUCUCCCAGAGCUCCCCAGCGCCGCCAGGCAGGCGGAGGCUACAGGGCGGCCGCCGGCCCCCGCCUCCCGGGCUGGACCCCGGUGGGAGCUGGGAGGGGGGGACCUAGGGGGACCCGGCGUACGGAGCCUACCUCUGUCGCUCCGCGGAGCCGCCGCACAGGCCUCCCCACGCCGGGUCCCCGCCGCACUGGUCCGGGCAGCAGCGCGAGCCUCCUGGGGGCGUUCCGCUGCCCUCCCUCGCCUGCCUGCGCCUGCCCGCGAUUACCCUCACCUCGGCGGCCGGCCUCCUGCAGCUCCAGCCCGCGACCCCCAGCGAAGCCCUCGCAGCCACAGCCGCCGUGCAGUCCCGCCCCCGCUUAAAGCGGCCGCGCCCGCCGCGGGUGAAAUAGGCCCGGGCGCACCGCCCACAAGUGGGUGCGGCCUGGGCAGGCGGCGGGAGCAGGGAGGGGCGUUGCUCCGGGUUGGGCCCGCCUGGCCCUUUAAACCUCCGCCUGCGUGGGCGGGGUCGCCGGCAAGGUUGGAGUGGGCAGGCAGGUGGCGGGAGUCUUUGGGCUCCUGCUGCCCUAAAUCUGACCUCAGGAGCCAGGCCCGGAGAGGGUAGGGUAGGGACAUCCGGGGCUGCUGCAGGACGGUGGGCCCCCAAGGGGCUUCCUUAGGAGGCGGCGGUCAGGCCCGGGAAGAGUCCAUCCCUGAAUUGAACGUGGCAGUGGGGCGGGGUUUUCUCCCCCACCUCCUUCCUUUUCUGGGGUAGUUCUUAACCCAGUGGAAAGGUGGAGGCAAGCAGGGGCCUUGGAAAGGCGAAGGCUGGAAAACAAGGAAAGCCCUGGUGUUCUGCUCGGAGAUUGUCGGCCUGAUCAUUUGUUCUGCGGCUACAUCACCCAGAGGCUGGACCGGGCAGAGGAUCUCUGUCACCUCAUACCUGGCGGGCAUAUGUCUCUGGACCAGGAUAGAGCAGUGAUGAGAAGGGGAGUGGGGCAUAACGCCCUGAUGCCCAGACAGAUACAUUUCACACCUCGUAAUAAAGGCAACUUGUAAUGCCUGCAAGAAAUCCUGAAGCCCUAUUCGGAAGCAUGCUCCUUGCUUGUUUAACGUUGCUACCCAAGAACAGUCCUCUAUUGAAGUGCUGGAAUUUUAAGUGGAUGCAUUUGGUGUCACUUAUUUCUACCCUGGGAGAAAUAAAAUGGGUCAGAACACCUUUUCCACUGUGGAAAAAGUUGCAACCAAAAUCACUCCCCACCCCCAAAAGUAAUCAGUCCAAAGUUGGGGAAGGUUGAAUAAUAUGAGAGCUGAAAUCAGUGUGCAAACACUUUGUUGUUUAAUAUUGUUUAGUGGGAAGGGGGUAGAGAAAAAAGCAGAGGGUAGACAUCUUUUGAUAAGUUUCAGAUGAAUUGCACAAGCUAGAGACCUAUAGUUAAGCCUAGCUCUAACAUUGGCUAAAUCCCUACACUUCCCACGGCCCCAGCUUCUCCUAGCAAGGUACCCAAAUUACUGUAAUGAUUUUUAUCUCUUUUCUUGUCUCUCCCCUGAAUUAGAGGUCAGAGACAGUGUCAACUCUAUCCCUAUCAGGUAAAUUAGAUCCAUGCCUCCUCUGCUUAAAACCCUCCAAAGUCUUUUCAGCUCAUCUUCAUUCCCUGGGCCUAUGUACCUCCCAACCUCAUUCUUCAUAUUCUAGCCACGGUGGCCUGCCUUACUAUGCAUCAUGCCCACCUUUGUGCCUCAGAGGCACAGAGCUGGCUCUUUGUCAUCCUUGACGAGCUCAAAUGUUACCUCCUCAGAGAGAAUCUUCUUCAGAUCCAAUAUAAGAAAACCACUGUUCCUUCCACCUCUCAUUCACUGUCUCAUAAUACUGUAUUUUCCCCCAAUAGCCUCACAGUCUGAGUAUCAGUUUCAGGGUGGCCUUGCAUUUGGCUUCUGUGACAUAGAUACGACUAUGUGUGACUACUGUAACAUUAUUCAAUGCAAUACAGAUACACAUAAAAAAAUCUUAUUAUUUUGUUUUCUGCAUUUAGUUCAUUUAUUUAAAAAGAUUUUUAAAGACCUU